AAAACAACCUCUACAAAAAAGAAAUCAUAAACAAAAUCAUCAACCAAAAAAUCCUAAACCUACAAGAAAAACCAAAAAUAAUGAUCCAGCAAACUCUCAAUCACAAAAAACCAAAAGCAACAUUUAUCAAAAUCAUCGAUCCUAUCAAAGAAGAAAUAAUUACAGACCCACAACUUAUUCACCAAACAAUAACAAAUCAUUACAAAAAU